CUUAUUGCAGAAGCUAUUGGGGCAAUUCAACACGGCAAUACACUGAUGCAGAGGCCUGGGGAAGAGCCUUUGGCGAAGGGGAUGAUUCCCGGCAUCAUCAUGAUCGGUACUUCACCGUCCUUCUACAAGAUUACGGUCACCAAGAAACUCAGCCAAUGUGUAGAGCGCGGCGACUAA